AAAACAAAGAUGACAUGUAUAAGCCUAUAUGGUCUUUGACAUGAAAACGUAUAAAUAAAGACGUCGAGAACAACAUGUUCUAAUGUAAAAGCUGAAUCGUACGUACAAUUAAAGGAAUCAUGGCAAAGACGUUAGCAAGUAUCUUGCUUCUUUUCGUAUGUUUCGGGGCAGCGAGUGCGGGUCCACACUGUACUUUCCCAUGUUUCCGCUUUGAUGUAGGAACUUGGGUUAGUGACACAACUACCUUGGCUUUUUCGUGUUCAAAUACGUCAAUUGUAACAGUGAAUGGUAUGGAAGAAAGGUCAUGUUACGCAAGACGUGGACCAUUUCUUGUAACAAGAUCGGGAAAUACAUACCGGUGCGUAAAAUAUGUUGCUUAUAACAGUAAAGCCAGAAUAUCCCUUGCCUAUGCUCCCCAAGCUAAGACAUUUUUGACAGAGCCAUCCAUUUGUGACGUUUGUUCCGGAAGUUUUUCCCCGUUCAUUUUUCGCGGAAGAGGUCAAAAUUACGGGAGUGCAAAACAAAUGAUUUCGGCACCCUUAGUUUGUAACAGACCACCACUUUGCCCUAUAACAGAUGAUAUUAAUGACAUACCCUGCGUUGAUUUUGAACCAAUUAUUGACGAUGGAUUUAUGUGUAGUAGCUGUAGAAACAGAUAG